UCCUGGUCGGUGGGAAGCGCCGGCAGUUAACCCUAGGUUUUUUCUCAGUUCAACGUGUCACCGAACUCGCUUGGAUUACUUAUGACAUCGAAGUCGAGAAUCCACAGCAGAGGCACACGGUGAGGAGAACCAAACAAAACUCAGUUUCAUUUCGCUGUCCGCGGCGGAGCCCGGAGCCGGAAGAAGUGUCUGUUUUCAGCAUCUGUGUGUGUCGAUCUACCGUCACUGAGUCAGCAACAUGAGGAUGCCGUCUGCGGAGGUGGCAGCGAGCGGGUUGAGGCAGUGCCAGCAGGCCCAGGGUCAGCUGGAGGACGCCAUCAACGGCGUGAUGAAGGCAGAGCAGCAGCUGAGAGAAAACGUCCGAGAGGUGCGUUCGGAGCUGCAGAGCUGUGUGAGUCGUCAGCAGGAGGCGUUGCGCUGCAGAGAGGUGUGGCUCCUCGGUCAGAUCGAGCUCCUGGAACAACUCAAGACUGAAACUCUGCAGCAGCAGCUGCAACAACUGCACUGGCUCAGAGGUCAGUUUGAUGUGAUCGCUCAUCAGCUGCAGAACUCUAACAGCACCAACAACCUGAACAACCAGCUGACCAGCUGCAUGGAGAAGUUGUCCUCUCUGAGUCUUACACCAGAGGAAACACCUGAGAUGAGUUUCCACGCCGACACUCGCUCUCUGAGGCAGGCCAUUACCUCAUUUGGCAGCAUCACCGCACAGCUUGUGGAGGGUGUGUGUUCUCAGAACCCCGCUCCACAGAGAGGUCAACUGCAGAGUUGUCCAAUCGCAGGCAAGAACCAGAAGACGGAGGUCGGAGCUCUGGGCGACUGGCUGCUGGGAACUCGUCCAACCAGCAGUGCUCCUAUUGGUUACCAGUCCAGCAAGAACCCUCAGGAUUGGCUUGUGUCACACAAGGAGAGCAAGACUUCCUGUCCCGUCCUGGCCUCGGUGGACUUCCUGCAGGCCUGGGGUCAGCUCAGGGACCUGGAGGCGUGGCUGCUCCAGGACCAGACCCCCGUCAGCAGGGAGAGGACCAGCAGCAGCAGCAGCAGCUGCAGCUCCUCCUUCUCCAUCGAAAAGAUCGACGAAUCAGAGUUCACCGUCACCCCUGAGGAGGAGGGGGACGAGGAGGAGCUGAGCGACUGGCUCAUCACCCCGCCCACUGUAGCCAUGGAGACCAUGUCAGACGCUGAACGGUGGCAGCAGGUAUUGAAGCCUUUUGAGGACAGCUGGUUGUCUAGUGAUUGGCUGGUGGGGUCGAGCCGCCCGGCCGCCGACUGCUCCUCCUGCUGUCAGACCACCAGGGCCGUGGAGAUCGAGAACCUGGGCCUGCUCAAGUGCCUGAAGACCCCACCAGCCUCCAGCCCCGCAUCCCCCGCGUCCCCCACCUCCCCGGCCCCCGCCGUCAGCCCCCCGGUGCCGGCCCUGGAGGCGUGGCUUCAGCAGGCGGUGCCCGUGCAGCAGACCUGCAAGGCCAACGAGCUCUGCUCCACUUACUCCGACUGCAUCUGUGAGGAGAACUGUGGGAGAGAAGCCCUGAGCCUCUGGCUGCUGCAGCAGGACGGGCGAGACAAGAAUGGAGUCCCCGUGGCCAAGAACACCCCCCCCAUCAUGAAAACCGCCCCGCCCAGCCUGUACCACAGAGAGCAGGGGCAGAAGGUUCAGGCCAUCCUGGAGGCCUGGCUCCACCCUGCCAACGCCGCCGCCGCCUCCUCGUCCUGCAGGACUCCUCUGCAGGCUCACACCUCCUCCCUCUCUGGCUGGGUGACUCCUGAGGAGGAGAAGGGCAGCAGGGAGGACCGCAGCUCCCAGUUUAAGCAUCCCUCCUCCUCCUCCCCGUUCCAGCAUCCUCUGGAUCCAGACCUCUGGGUCCUCCAAGGAAAGACUCUGACUCCUGCUCCGGUGUCAGGAGAUCAGCCCCGCCCAGCUGAAGAGGAGGACAAGUGGCUGCUGAAGAAGAGGACUCAGGCUCAGGAGCGUCUGGUGCUACCUACCGUCUGUGACCUCUUCUCCUGUAUGAAGGUGGGCGGGGACAAAGAAAAAUGGCUGCACAAAGCUCCUGUACAGAUGUGAUGAUGACGAUGUUUCUUCUUCUUAUCCAAAUUAAUCGCUGAUCAGCGCACAUGACGGCCACAAUCUAACCAUCACCGCCUUCUUCCUGUGACAUCGCCGCACUGAGCCGCCGCUCCCCUCCGAUCAGGAUCAGGAGCGGACCGAUCAAGAGCCAAACUGGGGAUUAAAUACUCUCAGCCCCAGGUUAAAGCUGUGUCGGAGCUUUCAACCAUGUCUCACAGUCUUCAUCUGGAGGGAAAACGGAAAGGGGGGAAAAACUGUCUGUGAUGUGGUUGAAAGCUCAGGAGACACUUUUAGAGUAAGGAUUGUGGUGUAAUGGACUGAGCCUCUCGACUCUGAUCGACCGUUAUCCAGAAAAUCAUCAGCUGAUUAGUCGUUAAUGAAAAUAAUUCUCUUCUGUCCUGCUUCACGCUUUCAGCCAUUUAACCCUUUAGUCUAUUGACAGAGAACUGAUUAGUUAUUGAUCAGUUGUUAACUAGUGAUUGUAAUCAUUAGGCAGAAACUCAAACAAUCCCAAAUGACAUGAGGAUGUCCAGACUGGAAGCAUAGCGGAUGUUUGUCAUCAGCUGAUCCUGACAGGAGAGGAGGGGCGGGGUUAACACGGGGUGGGCGGGGCCAAAGUCAGAUUAUAUAUAGUAGCCUUUCUUUUAAUGGAUCUUAUUUUAACAGGUGUUUUUAUGAGACUUUUCUGCUGCCGGUUUGGGUGGAAUGUUCCUGUUCUUUGUUCGACGUCCUGUCUGUCCAGACUGACGGCUGCUGUCCGACCUUCAGUCCACAUGUGAUUUUUAGUUUCCAUGACGACACGCGGUCUCUUUGAGAUCAUCGUGAGCUCGUCGCGUGUCUUUUAUUGCCUGGCAAACUCGCUUCAAGGCAGAAAGCACGUUCGAUCAGAAUCAAAGAGAAAGAACUUGGUUUCCCAGGCGACCGAUCACAUGACUUUGCCGUGGGCAGUGAUUGGUGAUUUUUAUUGAAGCUUUGCUGUGGUCUUUUUUUUGGGGGGGGGGGGUUUCUGUGAUGUCAUCAGUUCUCUCCUGCUGUGAUUCUCUACAGUAAUAAAACAUAAUGACAUCAU